CCAUCUUUUUCUUCUCUUCUUUUAUAAACCCUUCUCCUCUCUCUUCUUAACACAGCAUAACUCACACUUCCUAAGAACUCUCAAAAUAAACACUAUCUAUCCCUCUCCCUCUCCCUCUCUAUCCCCCUCUGUGAUGGUCAUGGGGGCUCAUCGCCAUUUUGAACCAAUAGCAAAAUGUAGCACAGAGGGGCGAUCGAAUCAGACCGUGGCAGCAGACCUAGAUGGAACACUUCUUGUAUCAAGAAGUGCUUUUCCUUACUUCUUGCUUGUUGCCAUUGAAGCUGGGAGUCUCCUGAGAGGACUAAUUCUUUUAUCAUCAGUCCCAUUUGUGUACUUUACGUACUUAAUUAUAUCAGAGGAAAUGGCAAUCAAGACCUUCAUCUUCAUUGCCUUCGCUGGACUUAAAAUAAGAGACAUUGAGCUUGUUUCAAGGUCUGUCUUGCCAAAGUUUUAUGCUGAUGAUGUCCAUCCAGAAACUUGGAGGGUGUUCAAUUCUUUUGGAAAGAGAUACAUUGUCACAGCAAAUCCUAGGAUUAUGGUAGAGCCAUUUGUCAAGAACUUUUUAGGUGCUGACAAGGUUCUUGGCACUGAAAUACAGGCUACAAAAUCUGGAAGGGCAACUGGGUUUGUGAAGAAACCUGGAGUUCUUGUUGGAGAUCACAAGAGGAAUGCUCUCUUAAAGGAGUUUGGUACAAGUUUGCCUGAUUUAGGCCUGGGAGACCGCGAAACUGACCAUGACUUCAUGUCCAUCUGCAAGGAAGGAUAUAUGGUGCCAAGAUCCAAGUGCGAGCCACUACCAAGAAACAAGCUUCUAAGCCCUGUCAUAUUCCAUGAGGGCCGGCUGGUUCAAAGACCUACUCCCUUGGUUGCCCUUCUGACGUUCUUAUGGAUGCCAAUUGGUAUUAUUCUCUCCGUCCUUAGGGUCUACCUUAACAUCCCUUUGCCUGAGAGAAUUGCCUGGUACAAUUAUAAGCUGCUAGGAAUUAGAGUAGUUGUUAAGGGUAAUCCUCCACCCCCUCCAAGAAAAGGCCAAAGUGGAGUCCUCUUUGUUUGCAAUCACCGUACUGUCUUAGACCCUGUUGUCACUGCUGUCGCCCUAAGAAGAAAAAUUAGCUGUGUCACAUACAGCAUAAGCAAGUUCACUGAGAUUAUUUCACCUAUCAAGGCUGUUGCUUUAUCAAGGGAGAGAGACAGAGAUGCUGCAAAUAUAAAGCGUCUACUUGAAGAAGGUGACUUGGUAAUUUGCCCGGAAGGAACCACUUGUAGAGAGCCAUUUCUCUUGAGAUUUAGUGCUCUUUUUGCAGAACUUACAGAUAGGAUUGUGCCAGUCGCUAUCAAUACAAAACAAUCUGUUUUCAAUGGCACGACGGUUCGAGGGCACAAACUGUUGGACCCUUAUUUUGUGUUCAUGAAUCCAAUGCCAACAUAUGAGAUCACCUUCUUGAAUCAGCUGCCCACAGAGCUUACUUGCAAAGGAGGCAAAUCAUCCAUUGAAGUUGCAAAUUACAUACAAAGGGUGCUGGCUGGGACACUUGGAUUUGAGUGCACUAAUUUGACUAGGAAGGACAAGUACGCUAUCCUUGCAGGAACAGACGGCCGUGUUGCAACUAAGAAGGAAAAGGCUUCAGAAAAUUAUUCUCUCCAAAAGGCGGCAUAAAAGAAAAUCCAUGAUUUAAUUUCUCUAUUGUUUUUUUUAUAUCUAUUAAAUAUUGCUAUAACAAUAAAAUUUGACAAUCGCUAUUGUGAUUAAUUACUAUAAAAUAACUUUAGUGUA